UUGAUCAAUAUUCCUAAAUGUUUUAAUACAUAUUUUAUUUUAAUCAUUUAAAAUAUCAUUUUUUGUUGUUAACAAGAACCACCUGUUCAUUAUCACGACCUUUUGCUUAAGUUAUCAAAUUACAAAAAGCCUGAGUGAGACACUCGUGAUUUUUUUAAGGGUCUACUAAUAAACCAAGUCGGUUUUCAGAUGUAAAUAUUGUUAUUAUGUUAUGUUAAAAAACUUAAAUUAAUUUCCGUACACGUAAGCUAAAAUGUUGUUUAUAGUAUUUAAAUAUAGAUGAUAACUAAAUAUUAACUACCUAAUACGGCAUAAUGAAAUUAAUACACAAGGAUAUUGAAAAAGAUGGCAAAGGAACAGUGGUUCUUAUACCGGAAGAAGCUGAAGAUAUGUGGCAAGCAUACAACAUAAUUAGACAAGGAGACCAUGUUCGAGCUUCAACAAUUAGAAAAGUUCAGAAUGAAUCAGCCACAGGAUCUUCAACUAGCCAACGUGUAAGAACUACUUUAACAGUUAGUGUAGAAGCCGUAGAUUUUGAUACACAAGCUUGUCUACUACGUUUAAAAGGCAGAAAUAUUGAAGAGAAUGAUUUUGUAAAAAUGGGUGCAUACCAUACUUUAGAUUUAGAAUUAAAUAGAAAAUUUUCAUUACUCAAAGAAGAAUGGGAUUCUAUAGAUUUGGAAAGAAUUGAAAUGGCUAUUGAUCCUACUCAAACAGCUGAUGUAGCUGCUGUUAUUAUGCAAGAAGGAUUAGCACAUGUAUGCUUAAUUUCAGGUAGUCGUACUAUAGUUAGAGCUAAAAUUGACCAAAAUAUACCAAGAAAACGAAAAGGCGAUGUCAAACAACAUGAAAAAGGAAUACUAAAAUUUUUUGAGCUGGUUCUGCAAGCCACAGUACGUCAUAUUAAAUUUGAUGUAGUGAAGUGUAUUAUAAUUGCAAGUCCAGGAUUUGUUCGUGAUCAGUUUUAUGAAUAUAUGCUACAAGAAGCUGUUAAAAUGGAUAAUAAAAUAAUCCUUGAAAAUAAAUCAAAAUUUAUUACUGCCCAUUCAUCAAGCGGAUUUAAACACUCACUUAAAGAAGUACUCUCUAAUCCAUCAAUUUCUUCUAAGCUAGAAGAUACUAAAGCCUUGGGUGAAUUAAAAGUACUUGAAAAUUUCUACAAAAUGUUGCAAACAGAAUCAACCAGAGCUUUUUAUGGCAUUAAUCAUGUUGAAAAAGCUAAUGAAGCAAUGGCAAUAGAAACUUUAUUAAUUAUAGAUAGUCUUUUCCGGAGUCAAAACAUUGAAGAACGUAAACGUUAUGUCAAACUAGUAGAUAGUGUUCGAGAAUCAGGUGGUGAUGCCAAAAUAUUUUCUAGUUUACAUGUUACUGGAGAACAGCUAACACAGAUUACAGGAGUAGCAGCUAUUCUAAGGUUUCCUAUGCCAGAAUUAGAAGAUUUUGAAGAUGAUGAUGAUUCUAAUGACAAUACUGUAUUACAAACUUGUUGAUCUUUUUUUAUUAUCAUACCUCACCUACACUCACUUUUUUUUUCAAAAAGUUGCUAAUUUAAAAUAUACUUUUCUAAAAAUGUGUCUCUUGUUCUUAAAUUAUAUCUUUUUUAUUCAAAAUUUGAAUGAUAAUUUUCAUAUAGUGAUUGAAACUUAAAUUGAGCAGUCAUUUAGUUAAUACUAUUUUUUUAUCAUGAUGUAAAACUUGAAAUAUUAUUUGUUAUGUGAUAUUAUAUUGUUAUAUUAGUUUUAUUGAUAUGAAUUAUAAACUUUUAAUUCUUUCCAAACAGUAUUUCUAUUAAAUAUUAAAUUGAAAUAAACUUUUUUUGACAAUAUAAUACAAACUAGUAUUUUGAGUACAAAUGCUCAAAUAACUAAUACUACACUCCAAGUCUCCUUUUACUAUAAAUUAAAUAUUUUUCACAACCACAUAUAUUUUGCAUUAUGUAUAGCCAGGUUUUUUUUCUGGAUCCUUGUCAAUUACUAUAACUGAAAAAUAAAUUUUUAACAUUUUUGGACUCUGCAAUGAGUCCGAAACAUCAGAACACAACUACAACCAUGGAUAAAUCCUUAAGCAUUUCAAGCAACAAGACAAUCCAUGAAAGCUUUAACACAUACAUAAGUAUUUAACAUUUAUGUUAUUUUGUAAUUUAUAUUAUAUCCCAAUAAUUAUAAAAAUACUAAAUCUGAAAUUGUAAUUUUAGUGAAAUUAUACUCGAUUCAUGACAAU